CCCCUAACAAAGAUGGCGGGGGAGGCCUCAGUGAGGGAAGGCUGAUUUAAUACCCGAACCCGCGGCGGACCGCGAAGACAGAGGUAGCGGCGCAGCCCCGACCAUGGAGGAGGGCAACAGCGCUGGCAGCGGUGGCAGCGACAGCAGCACCAGCGGGAGUGGCGGGGCGCAGCAAAGGGAGCUGGAGCGCAUGGCUGAGGUCCUGGUCACCGGAGAGCAGCUACGGCUCAGGCUGCAUGAAGAGAAGGUUAUUAAAGAUAGGCGACAUCAUCUCAAAACCUACCCAAACUGUUUUGUUGCGAAAGAACUGAUUGACUGGUUGAUUGAACACAAAGAGGCUUCUGACAGAGAGACGGCGAUUAAACUCAUGCAGAAAUUAGCAGACCGGGGCAUUAUUCAUCACGUGUGUGACGAGCAUAAGGAAUUCAAGGACGUCAAACUCUUCUAUCGCUUUAGAAAGGACGAUGGCACCUUCCCACUGGACAACGAAGUGAAGGCCUUCGUGAGAGGACAGAGGCUGUAUGAGAAGCUGAUGAGCCCUGAAAACACACUCCUGCAGCCCAGGGAAGAGGAAGGGGUCAAGUACGAGCGCACCUUCAUGGCGUCUGAAUUCCUGGAUUGGCUGGUUCAGGAGGGUGAGGCCACCACAAGGAAAGAGGCGGAACAGCUCUGCCACCGGCUUAUGGAGCACAGCAUCAUACAGCACGUGUCCAACAAGCACCCGUUUGUGGACAGCAAUCUUCUCUACCAGUUCAGAAUGAACUUCCGGCGGAGGCGAAGACUGAUGGAGCUGCUCAAUGAAAAAUCCCCCUCCUCCCAGGAAACUCAUGACAGCCCCUUCUGCCUGAGGAAGCAGAGCCAUGACAAUCGGAAAUCUACCAGUUUUAUGUCAGUCAGCCCCAGCAAGGAGGUCAAGAUCGUGUCUGCCAUGCGGAGAAGCAGCAUGAGCAGCUGCGGCAGCAGCGGCUACUUCAGCGGCAGCCCCCCCGCCAGCGGCAGCCCCCCCGUGCUCUGCAACCCCAAGUCUGUGUUAAAAAGACCCGUCACUUCUGAGGAACUCCUGACUCCCGGGGCUCCGUAUGCGAGGAAGACAUUCACGAUUGUUGGUGACGCAGUAGGCUGGGGCUUUGUGGUGCGAGGCAGUAAGCCAUGCCACAUCCAGGCCGUGGAUCCCAGUGGCCCAGCAGCCGCUGCAGGAAUGAAGAACCCAAACUGGCUUCCUGGAUGUGGACCCAUGCAAUGGUUUGUCUCCCUUUCAAAAAUCUGCAUCCAUUGGGCUCUUUUGGAGGGAGAGAUUGCGCAGGAAGAGGGACAGAAGAGAAAAACAAAUAUUUAUUUAACAUUCACUGGUAUUAAACGCUGGGCUUAGUACUUAAUCAGAUUUGAUCCUCAUAAUAAACACGAUCCCCAUCUUACAGAUGAGUAAAGUAUAACUCAGAGAAUUUGGAACUUGGCUAAAGUCACAUAACUAGUAAAUUAUAAAAAUGAGAGUUAACAAAUUUUUAUUGCACUAUAUAAAAAAUGUACAAAUUAUUCAUGCACAUCUCAAACUAUAUUACAGAGUAAAUUACUAGUGCAACUACUACCUAGGAAUUCUAAGACCAUGGAUUAGUUGUCUACUUCUGAAAUUUAUAUAAAUUUAUCAUAUUGCAGUCAUCAUAUUGGGUACAUAUCUAGGAGUGGAAUUGCUAGGUCAUAAGUUAUGCGUAUAUGUUACAUGUAACUAGAGUAAUUGUUCUAUCCUCUAUUGAAAGUGGAGCAGAAUAGUCUCCAACUCUUAUUGAAUUGUCUAUCCUUUGAAUUCGGUGCAUUUGGCUUCAUGUAUUUGGGGGCUUUUUUUGUCCGGCAUAUACAUUUCGUGUUUGUGCUUGAUAUAUAUACUUGUUACGUAUAUAUGUUUAUAAUUUUUGUAUCUUCCUGGUGGAUUGAACCUUGUACAUUAUAAAAUGUCCUUUUCUUCAAUGCUGACUUUAUCAUAAGCCCACGUGUAGGGGUCCAAUUUCUGGACUUUUGAUUCUGUUGCAUUGGUCUAUAUACCUAUACUAAUACUAAUACUACCACCAUCUUAUAGACUAUAAUAAUAGGCCGUAGCUUUAUAAUAUGUCUUUUAGACCUUUGUUGUUGUUAUUUACAUAUCAAAAACACUUAAGUGCCUGAGAGAGAUUCAUCUUACACUUCUUCAUUUGUACUCUUCUGAACUGUAGUUUACAUAUCUAAAAAUAAUGUCUCCUUUGCAAAUGUAAUGUAAGCAAACUCCUGACCUAGUUCUUGGCACCU